CCUGGGCCCCGGAGGCGGCACCAGGAAGCGCCCGCCCCGGCCGGAGCCGCCAUGUAACCGGCGCCGCCCGGAGCCGAGCCUCGCGGGCCCCAGCGACCCGCCCGCCAUGGGGGACGAGGACGAGGACGAAGGCUGUGCGGUGGAGCUGCGGAUCACCGAAGCCAACCUGACCGGGCACGAGGAGAAGGUGGGCGUGGAGAACUUCCAGCUGCUCAAGGUGCUGGGCACGGGAGCCUACGGGAAGGUGUUCCUGGUGCGGAAGGCAGGCGGGCACGACGCGGGGAAGCUGUAUGCCAUGAAGGUGCUGCGCAAGGCGGCUCUGGUGCAGCGGGCCAAGACGCAGGAGCACACACGCACGGAGCGCUCCGUGCUGGAGCUGGUGCGCCAGGCACCCUUCCUGGUCACGCUGCACUACGCCUUCCAGACUGAUGCCAAGCUGCACCUCAUCCUGGACUAUGUGAACGGCGGAGAGAUGUUCACCCACCUCUACCAGCGCCAGUACUUCAAGGAGGCCGAGGUGCGCGUGUACGGGGGCGAGAUCGUGCUGGCCCUGGAGCACCUGCAUAAGCUGGGCAUCAUCUACCGAGAUCUGAAGCUGGAGAACGUGCUGCUGGACUCCGAGGGCCAUAUCGUCCUCACGGACUUUGGGCUUAGCAAGGAGUUCCUGACGGAGGAGAAAGAGCGGACCUUCUCCUUCUGUGGCACCAUUGAGUACAUGGCUCCUGAAAUCAUCCGCAGCAAGUCAGGCCACGGCAAGGCUGUGGACUGGUGGAGCCUAGGCAUCCUGCUCUUUGAGCUGCUGACAGGGGCCUCGCCCUUCACCCUGGAGGGUGAGCGGAAUACACAGGCAGAGGUGUCUCGACGGAUCCUGAAGUGCUCCCCUCCCUUCCCCCCUCGGAUCGGGCCAGUGGCACAGGACCUACUGCAGCGGCUACUUUGCAAGGAUCCCAAGAAACGGCUGGGUGCGGGACCCCAGGGGGCACAGGAAGUUAAGAAUCACCCCUUCUUCCAGGGUCUGGAUUGGGCUGCUCUGGCUGCCAGGAAGAUUCCAGCCCCCUUCCGACCCCAGAUCCGCUCCGAGCUGGAUGUGGGCAACUUUGCAGAGGAAUUUACCCGGCUGGAGCCUGUCUACUCACCCCCUGGCAGCCCCCCACCUGGGGACCCUCGCAUCUUCCAGGGAUACUCCUUCGUGGCGCCCUCCAUCCUGUUUGACCACAACAACGCGGUGAUGACAGAUGUACUGGAGGCGGCUGGUGCUGGAGACCGGCCCGGCCGGGCAGCGGUGGCCAGGAGCGCCAUGAUGCAGGACUCGCCUUUCUUCCAGCAGUAUGAGCUGGACCUGCGGGAGCCCGCGCUGGGCCAGGGUAGCUUUUCCGUGUGUCGCCGCUGCCGGCAGCGCCAGAGCGGCCAGGAGUUCGCGGUCAAGAUCCUCAGCCGCAGGCUGGAGGCGAAUACGCAGCGCGAAGUGGCCGCCCUGCGGCUGUGCCAGUCGCACCCCAACGUAGUGAAGCUGCACGAAGUGCAUCACGACCAGCUGCACACGUACCUGGUCUUGGAGCUGCUGCAGGGUGGGGAGUUGCUGGAGCACAUCCGCAAGAAGCGACACUUCAGCGAGUCCGAGGCGAGCCAGAUCCUGCGCAGCCUUGUGUCGGCCGUGAGCUUCAUGCACGAGGAGGCGGGAGUGGUGCACCGCGACCUCAAGCCCGAGAACAUCCUUUACGCCGAUGACACGCCUGGAGCCCCAGUUAAGAUAAUCGACUUCGGGUUCGCGCGGCUGCGCCCGCAGAGCCCCGCGGGGCCCAUGCAGACGCCCUGCUUCACGCUGCAGUACGCGGCCCCCGAGCUGCUGGCGCAGCAAGGCUACGACGAAUCCUGCGACCUCUGGAGUCUCGGCGUCAUUCUGUACAUGAUGCUGUCAGGCCAGGUCCCCUUCCAGGGGGCCUCAGGCCAGGGCGGGCAGAGCCAGGCGGCCGAGAUCAUGUGCAAGAUCCGCGAGGGGCGCUUCUCCCUUGACGGGGAGGCCUGGCAGGGCGUGUCUGAGGAAGCCAAGGAGCUGGUCCGAGGGCUCCUGACUGUGGACCCCGCCAAGCGGCUGAAGCUCGAGGGGCUGCGGGGCAGCUCGUGGCUGCAGGAUGGCAGCGCGCGCUCCUCGCCCCCGCUCCGGACGCCGGACGUGUUGGAGUCCUCGGGGCCCGCCGUGCGCUCUGGGCUCAACGCCACCUUCAUGGCAUUCAACCGGGGCAAACGCGAGGGUUUCUUCCUGAAGAGCGUGGAGAACGCGCCUCUGGCCAAGCGGCGGAAGCAGAAGCUGCGGAGCGCAGCCACAUCCCGCCGCGUCUCCCCCGCGCCCGCCGCCCCGGGCCGCGCUCCCGCCGCCAAGGGAGCCCCCCGACGAGCCAACGGUCCUCUGCCCCCUUCCUAGCCCCGGCCACUGUGACCCCCCCUCCCGUCGGGUCUGUGAUCUAGGAGGCCAGCUCACUGCCCCCGGGGGCUCCUGCAUCUGCCCGGCCCCAUUCCCAGAUUGUUACCUUCCGCUCCCCUUCCCCCCACCCCACCCCAGACAGAGCAGAAGUAUUUUUAUAAGCAGAGAAUUUUUUUUAUGUCUUACCAGAUAGAGUUAGAGAUGCAGGGAGGGAGGGGGCCUGCUGGGGAGUGGGGUGUUGGGGGCCCUCUGCCAAGAUCCAGCCUCAUCUGGUGGAAGGCACUUCCCCCCCAGGGGCCGCCCCAGCAGGGAAGGGCUCCUCCUCCAUUUCUAAGCACUGAGUUGCCACAGGGAGAAACUGGGACCUCUCUCUCCUGCCCUCCCCUGAGGUCCUGCUCUUGGGAGGGGACACCCUUCAAGCUGUCACUUUAUGGACUGUCUGUGCAAUUACGUCCACCAAAGACCUGUGUUGGGGGGCUCAGCUAGAGGCCCUGGGGGACCCCCUGAAGCAUUGCUGCCUCACUUUAUGUCACCUGCUUCUCCCCUUUUGGGGCUAAGAAGGAGGUAGGCAAACCCCUAAAAGGGGAGGCCCCCUUUUCACCCAUCCCUCUCCUUUGGCACAGCAGCCCCUAGCUGGGGGUGGGGCCUUGGGGGUCUGGGCUGGGCAUCCACCGUCACUGCCUCAGCCCAUCCAGGCUGUGCCUUUGACUUUAAAAUAAAAGUCUACCCAGUGCUGUGUGUGGCA